UAAUCAGAUGCUGGAUCCUUCGCAGAGUCGCUGACCCUAUCGAAGCCCUACUUUCUGCCCGCCGACGACCGGAGCGCUUCACUUCACGGCGUGGCUGCCGUUCUUAUCAAUCGAAUCUAAUCUUCCAUCUUGCGACGUCAGCUUGCGAUUCUUGUGGACACUCGUUGUUCUUUGUCGCGACUCACGCUCACAAAAUGGCUUCUCGAAAGCUGUUUGCAACCGUACUGCUGCUGGCAACUUAUGUCGCCGCAGAGACUAGGACAUUUGACUGGAACAUCACCUGGGUGACCCGCAAUCCAGAUGGCAUGCACAGUCGGCCGGUCAUUGGCAUCAACAAUGAGUGGCCGCUUCCUACGGUCAACAUCACGAAAGGCGACAGAGUGAUCGUCAACAUGAACAAUCAGCUCGGCAAUCAAAGCACGAGUAUCCACUUCCACGGCCUGUUUCAGAAUGGCACCAACGAGAUGGACGGCCCAGUUGGUGUCACUCAAUGUGACGUUCCACCUGGCUCUUCUUUCGUCUACAAUUUCACCAUUCAGCAGCCAGGAACAUACUGGUACCAUUCGCAUAGCCGGGGGCAGUACCCAGAUGGUAUGCGCGGCCAAUUCGUAGUCCACGACCCUGAGAGUCCAUACCUGGGUCAAUACGAUACAGAAGUUGCUCUCUCGAUCUCAGAUUGGUACCACGACCAGAUGCCCGGACUCUUGGAUUGGUUCAUCAGCGUUGAGAAUCCGACUGGUGCAGAACCUGUGCCAAAGUCUGCAUUGAUGAACGACACCCAAAACCUGACCAUUCCGGUGGAGCCAAACAAAACAUAUUUCUUCAGAUUGGUCAACGUUGGUGCAUUCGCCAGUCAAUACUUCUGGAUCGAAGGUCACACUAUGAGGAUCGUCGAGGUCGAUGGAGUGUACACAGAACCUGCGGACGCUGAAAUGAUCUACAUCACCGCAGCGCAGCGUUAUGGAUUCCUAGUGACGACCAAAAAUGAUGCUAGCGCUGGGAAUUUCGCGAUUGUCGCCUCAAUGGACACAGAUCUUUUCGAUGCCAUCCCACCAGGCCUACCAACGAAUGUCACCAGCUGGCUCGUGUACGAUGAGUCUCAACCGAAGCCGGCACCUGCUUUGUUAGACAGCUGGGAUGCUCAGUUCGACGAUUUCGACCUGGUACCGCAGGACCAGAUGGAGCUUCUUGACAAGGUCGACUACUCCUUCAACCUCGAUCUUUCCAUGAACAACCUGGGCGAUGGAGCGAACUAUGCCUUCUUCAACGGCAUCACCUACGUGCGUCCAAAGGUUCCCACACUAUAUUCUGCAUUGACUACUGGUGAAUUUGCGAACAACGCCACAGUAUACGGGCGGGACACGAAUUCUUACGUACUCAACAAGAACGAUGUAAUAGAGAUAAUCCUGAAUAACGACGAUCCAGGCAAGCACCCAUUCCAUUUACAUGGGCACAAUUUUCAAAUUUUGUGGCGCAGCCCCGACGACUACGGCUUUUUCGACCCCUCAAAUCACAGCGAGUACCCACUUCGACCCAUGAGAAGGGAUACAUUUUGGGUUCGGCCGCAAGGAAACUUCGUCAUUAGGUUUAGAGCAGACAACCCUGGAAUCUGGCUGUUUCAUUGCCAUCUAGAGUGGCACCUUGCCAGUGGGUUAGUAGCGACGAUGAUUGAGGCGCCUCUUUCUCUUCAAGAGACCUUGAAAAUACCUCAAAAUCACCUCGACGCCUGCUCCGCGGCAGCCACACCAACCCCAGUAGUGGGCAACGCUGCUGGCAACACGAAAGACGCACUGGAUUUGACCGGUCAGAAUUUGAGCAUUGCGCCACUGCCAUCAGGCUUCACGGCUCGCGGAAUCGUUGCUCUUGUCUUCAGCUGCAUCGCAGCUUUCCUCGGAAUGGCUGCUAUUGCCUACUAUGGAGCAGCACCUCUCUCCGCGCGAGAGAUGGCUGAAACGAGAGAAUUUGUGGCCAAAACAGCCACAACAUGACGAAUAUCACAUGAGAACCAGUACCCAACGAAAAUGUAGACAGUCCGCAGCGUUAUAAGUGUGAAUUGCAGCUGUGAUGAAAAUUUAUACUUGAAAACACAAUACUGAAGUAGAGGAAGCGUUGACAAUAGACUUAUCAAAAGCGGAGACGUCUACUUCAGCGAUUGAAGGUUGCAUGAGAGUUGAAGUGCUGCAAUGAUGUCUUCUUCUCAGCUGACCUGGUCAAUUGGAUGACUUCUGCCCCUCACAUUUCGAC